ACGUCUCUUCGUCCCCAACCACGACGACCCCCCAGUUAGUUCUGGCCGCUAUCGUCGAUUGUUCUGGUUGUGGUAGGUUAACACGACUCUCGUUGAUCUUUUCGUUAACUUGGACAGUAGCAUCUAUCUUUUGACCUCAGAAUCCGAGCCUUUUCUGCAGGUUAUAGUCAUCCUUCCUCUCCUUUCUUCUCGGCCCUUCGCCCAGUCACCCAAAUCCUACCAUGGCCUACGCGCAACCAUUUCCUCUUGCUCAACCCCUACAAAAGCCACAGCAGCCAACUUUUGGCCCUGAUCUGGCUGUACGACUUAUCUGCCCAGAUUGCAGAGAUCCAAACCCUAACAUCAUUGAGGAAUUCAGCAGCGGAGACCUUGUUUGUGGGACAUGCGGACUAGUACUGGGCGACAGGGUCGUAGAUACUAGAAGCGAAUGGCGGACAUUCGCCAACGAUGAAGGCGACGAUCCUUCUCGUGUUGGUGCUGCAUCCGAUCCUCUCAUGGAGGGCAUGGAGCAGCUUGAUACUGUCAUCUCCUUCAAAGAUGGCGGUUCUGGAUUGGCGCGGGAAUUGCAGCGUGCUGCAUCACGUUCCACCGCCUCGCGCUCCGAGCGCAACCUCCUCCAAGCUUUCCGCGACAUCGCCUCUUGGUGUGACCAGUUCUCCCUUCCGAAGACGAUUUCCGAUAUCGCAAAGCAGUUAUACAAACGUUCCGACGAGGAAAAACUCUUGCGCGGAAAGCCUCUAGAUGCAGUCAUUGCUGCAUGUAUAUUCAUUGCCUGUCGUCAGGCUCAUGUUCCACGAACAUUCCGAGAGAUAUGCACCCUGACCCAUGUCCCUAAGAAGACCCUCGGUCAAUGCUACAAGGCUCUGGAGCAGGCGUUCAAUCUCACCCUUGGUGCGUCUGCAAGUCGCUCAUCAUUAUCAGUUGGUUCCAAGGCAGCUGGCCCCGAAUCACUUCUUUCCCGUUACUGCAACCACUUGGAUCUCCCUCCGAACGUCGAGCCAAUUUGUGCCGACAUUAUCGGCAAAGCGCGCGAACUUGGUAUCGCGGACGGCCGCUCACCGGUAUCUAUCGCCGGUGGAGCCAUCUACUUCACAUGCCAUUUGUUAGGAAAGGUGAAGAGUGCUAGGGAUAUCAGCACAGUUGCAGGGGUGAGUGAGGGUACGAUCAAAUUGGUCUACCGCUUGUAUUAUGCAGAGAGAGAGAAGUUGGUCAAGGAGGAAUGGAUCAAGGAUGGGCGGGCCAAACUGGAGAGAUUGCCUGUUGACACGACGAAGUAGGUCGCUACGGGGGCCCAUUGUUUAGUUCUCUGGACCCUGCUGCACUGGAACUUGUACCAUAUUCUAGGUUACAUUCAUGAUAAUAAUGAAUGCAUUUUCCACCCAUACUUACAACACAUACUUGAUGAAUGGCUGUGGUUCAUC